UUUAUGUGUAUACUUGUCUUCUCCAAAAUGGCCUCGGAAAUAUGAGGACGGUGCCCGUGAGCGCGAGCCCACCCACAGGAGCCUAAACAAAUAAAUACGACUCUUGAUACGUCACAGGGUGCCUUCCUCUCUCCGUCUGUGGCUCUGCGCUGUUGUAGGCAUCAUGAGUAUGAUGAAGAUCAAGUUUACCUUCCAGAAGAGGGUGCGUUUGGCCCAGGGUCUGUGGCUGCUUUCCUGGGCGGCCAUGUUCUCUGGGAUGGUCGUCUUCUUCAUGGGGGUGUUCCUGAAGACAGAGCUCCUCCGCAGAUCUGAGGUAAUGCACAAUGAUGACAUCCAUGUGGUGCCCAACUUGCUCAUGGUAGUGGGACUGGCAUCUGUGGGCAUUAACUUGUGCGCUGGCCGAAUCUGUCAGGACUCCAUGGACGUGGCCCGCUUUGCCCGCUGGAAGACCUUCCUCACUCCUUUCUUUAUCGGGUCUCUGCUGUUCACCUUCAUGUUUCUGGUGGCCAUGGCAUUGAGCUAUGCCUUACAGGCCAGUUUGGAAGAGUCCCUAAAGAUCGGGCUGAAGAAUGGCAUUCGCUUCUACAAGGACACAGACACCCCAGGCCGUUGCUUCCAGAAGCAGACCAUUGACCACCUGCAGAUAGAGUUCCAAUGCUGUGGGAACAACAACUUCAGGGACUGGUUUGAAGUGCAGUGGAUCAACAACCGCUACCUAGACUUCACCUGCAAGGACGUGAAAGAUCGUGUGCGGAGCAAUGUUGACGGCCGCUACCUGAUGGACGGCGUUCCGUUCAGCUGUUGCAACCCGGCGUCCCCGCGUCCCUGCAUCCAGGAGCACAUCCUGGACAAUACGGCGCACCACAACUACGACUACCAGACGGAGGAGCUGAACCUAUAUAGCCGUGGCUGCCGCCAGGCCCUCGUCAGUUACUACAUGGGUCUCAUGAACACCAUUGGCCCUGGUGUCCUCUCCGUAUUCAUGGUUCAGAUGUCCAUGCUGGCGAGUCUGCGGUACUUGCAGACGGCCAUGAUUGGGGUGGAGGCGGAGGACAUGGAGGUGGAGACCGAGGGCUACAUCCUGGAGAAAGGGCUGAAGGAGACGCUGGAGGAGGCCAAGGAGACCCUGAAGGCGCUCCUGCGCCUGAAAGGAGGCCAGGUGGUGGACGAGACCACGGAAGGAGACGCAGAGGCAGGGGCCUCCGAGUAGGCCACUUCACCGAGCAGCUAAACAGAGCCAGGGGAGAGGUGACCCAGCAGAGCUGACCUGGGUGGAUGGAUGGACGGACGGAUGGAUGGGGCGAGCUCUGACUCCUCCGGGGAACUGGUCCACAAGGGUUCCAUCUGAGUUUUUCAAGCAGUUUUUUCUCAUGUGUUUUCAUAUGGCAGUGUUGUUAUACAUAGAAAAAGAAGGCUCUGAUCCAGUCAAGUGCAAACGACUGCACACAAAAUUAUGGACAAAAAAACAAAAAGUACACAAAAGUAUGGACAAAAAACCCCCCACACACAUUCAUACACUCUCUGUGUCUCUCUCCCAGGAUUAUACACAGACACCACACACA